UCACGUUGUCGAGUCUGUGUGUGUUGAUUCUUUUUAGAGGUUAUCUCAUUUUAAUACAAUACAACUACAAAUACAAGCUUCAUUCAAAUAACAAAAUGGUUCGAAAGAAAAUUGAUAAUCGAAUUCGUGUAUUAAUAGAAAAUGGUGUCAGUUUGGGUCACCGGACGAUGUUUGUUGUUAUAGGCGAUAAAGGAAAAGACCAGGUUGUUAUUCUGCAUCACAUGCUUUCAAAGGCGACAGUCAAAGCAAGACCUUCAGUUCUAUGGUGCUACAAAAAAGAGCUUGGGUUCAGCAGUCACAGGAAGAAACGAAUGAAGAAUUUACAAAAGAAGGUGAAAUCAGGCAUGCUCAAUGUGAAUGAAGAUGAUCCAUUUGAACUGUUCGUUGCAUCCACCAACAUAAGAUACUGCUACUAUGCCGAAACUCAAAAGAUUCUGGGAAAUACUUAUGGAAUGUGUGUUUUACAGGAUUUUGAGGCUCUUACACCCAAUCUGUUGGCUCGAACAAUUGAAACCGUAGAAGGAGGUGGAUUGAUUGUACUUCUAUUGAGGUCGAUGAACUCAUUGAAACAGUUGUACGCAAUGACGAUGGAUGUGCAUGAAAGGUACAGGACAGAAGCUCACAAGGAUGUUGUCGGCAGGUUUAAUGAAAGGUUCCUGCUGUCGUUGUCUUCCUGCUCGCGUUGCCUUGUGGUUGAUGAUCAGCUGACUGUUCUCCCGAUUUCGUCACAUGUCCUCGACCUGUCACCUGUUGAGAAAGACCAGGCCGAAAAGGAAUCCGACAUUGAGCUGAAAAACCUGAAAGAAAGCCUGAGAGACACUCAGCCCGUCAGUGCGCUGCUUAAUUGCUGCAAAACUCUUGAUCAGGCGAAAGCGUUGCUGAAAUUCGUGGAGGCGAUUUCGGAGAAGACGCUGCGUUCAACUGUUAGCCUGACGGCCGCUAGAGGGCGUGGCAAGUCGGCGGCGCUUGGUCUGGCCGUCGCCGCUGCCGUAGGAUUCAGUUAUUCCAAUAUUUUCGUCACCUCGCCCUCCCCUGAAAACCUCAAAACGUUCUUCGAGUUUGUCUUCAAAGGAUUCGACGCAUUGGCGUAUCAGGAGCACUUGGAUUACAGCCUUGUGCAGUCAACCAAUCCAGAGUACAACAAAGCGUUGGUUAGAGUCAAUAUUUUCAAGGAUCAUCGGCAAACAAUUCAGUAUAUUCAUCCUACAGACGCCCAUCAUCUGAGUCAGGCAGAGUUGUUAGUGAUUGAUGAGGCAGCCGCUAUACCGUUACCUUAUGUCAGGAAAAUGCUUGGACCCUAUCUGGUCUUUCUGGCUUCUACUAUCAACGGUUACGAAGGCACCGGUCGUUCCCUCUCCCUCAAACUGCUGCAACAACUGCGCAAACAAGCCGUGCCGCUGGGAGCGAAUCCCGUCGCGGACUCCGGGACCGGCGCGGUGACGGGACGCAGUCUCCACGAAGUGAGUCUGUCGGAGUCGAUUCGCUACAAGCCGGACGACAGUGUGGAGGCCUGGCUGACCGACUUGCUGUGUCUGGAUGCGACCAGUGUGCAACCGAUUCUGUCGGGGACUCCGCCCCCCGACUCCUGUGACCUCUACUACAUCAACAGGGACACACUGUUCUGCUAUCACAAGGCGUCCGAGGCCUUUCUGCAGAGGAUUGUGGCGUUGUUUGUCGCUUCACAUUACAAGAACAGUCCCAACGACUUGCAGAUGAUGUCUGACGCUCCAGCUCACCAUCUCUUCUGUCUUCUGGGACCUGUCAACCCUCAAUCCAAGUCCCUUCCCGAGGUGUUGUGUGUCAUUCAGGUAUGUCUGGAAGGCGAAGUCUCAAAGAAAUCGGUGUCUGAAGGUCUGUCGCAAGGCAAGCGGGCCUCAGGCGACCUGAUACCCUGGACAGUGGCCCAACAGUACCAGGACAAGGAUUUCCCCUCUCUGUCAGGAGCCAGGAUUGUGAGGAUCGCAACACACCCCGACUAUCACGGCAUGGGUUACGGCAGCCGAGCGUUGGCUCUGCUCAAGGACUACUAUGAACUAAAGGUGCGAAACCUGGACGACAAAGUCGCAUUGCCCGAAGAUUGCAUUGAGACCAUUGAUGAUGAGGAGAUGGGGCUGCUUGAGGAGAGAUUGGAGCCUCGUAAAAAGCUGCCGCCAUUACUUCUGAAACUGAGUGAGCGUCCGGCUGAGCAGCUGCAUUACAUCGGCGUCUCCUACGGAUUGACUGCUCAACUCCUCAAGUUCUGGAAGAAAGCUGGAUUUGUACCUGUCUACCUCAGACAAACAACAAACGACCUGACAGGCGAACACAGCUGCAUUAUGCUAUGCACUUUGCACUCGGAUGACAACCCUGUGCCUGACUCCUGGCUGCCUGAGUUUUGGGCCGAUUUCAGGAGAAGAUUCCUCUCUCUGUUGUCGUUUCAGUUCAGGAACUUCGAAACGUCGCUCGCCUUGGCUGUCAUUGUUAACAAGUCUAUCAAGCUUAACAUGCAGGUUCUGAAAAAGCAGGAGCUCGACAUACAUCUGACGAAAUACGAUUUGAAACGUUUGGAGAUGUAUUCGAACAACCUGGUGGACUACCAUCUUAUCAUGGAUCUGGUACCAACAUUGGCCAAAAUUUUCUUCCUGAAUCAGAUGGGAGAAACACAUCUGUCGGCUGUGCAAUCUAGUAUCCUACUGGGAAUCGGUCUCCAGCACAAAACAGUGGACGAGCUGGCCAAAGAAGUAGACCUUCCCGCGUCUCAGCUGCUAGCGCUCUUCAACCGCACAAUGCGCCGAUUCGUGCAGUUUUUAGGCGGCAUCAACGAGCGCGCCGUAGAGCAGUCACUGCAGGCUCCGGAUCGUGCUGUCGACAGCGGCGAGUUUGUGCCCACACGGCAGAGCCUCAAGGACGAAUUGGAGCAGGCAGCCGUUGAGUUGGCCGAGAAACAGCGCAAAGAGCUGGAACGGCUCAAGAAGGAGAAUUUGGGACAGUAUGUCAUCAAAGGAAGCGAACAGGAGUGGAGUAAGGCGUUGGGAGGGAGUUCUAAGGGGAUUGUGUCGGUUAAAAGCGGAGAAAAACGCAUUGGAAACGAAUCUAGCAAUUUGGAUGAGAUGCUUGCUCCACCAUCAUCGAAAAAGAAGAAGAAAAAGGGAGGAUUCAAUCAAAAGCGAUAAUCUGUUGUUUAUGAUAAGUGUAUUUUAUUAUUAAACUUGUUUUUAGAA